AGUGAGGAGGUGUGGAGGGGGCGGAGCUGUGCGGGAUCGUGGAGGAGGGGCCGAGGCAGCGGCCGCCUGAGCCCCGCUCGGCCUUGGGAACACGGGGGCGGGGCGGCCGCGGCUCUGGGCGACCCGCUGGGUGCACUAGUGCUCGGGUCCCACCGCCCUGAGGCUCGCGCUCGAGCGGGUCAGUCGGUCGGCGGGGCCUGCGCGGGGCCCGGGCCCAUGGCGGCGUCGGCGGCUCUGUCUGCAGCGGCGGCUGCGGCGGCCCUGUCUGGCCUGGCGGUGCGGCUGUCGCGCUCAGCUGCGGCCCGAGGCUCGUACGGCGCCUUCUGCAAGGGGCUCACGCGCACGCUGCUCACCUUCUUCGACCUGGCCUGGCGGCUGCGCAUGAACUUCCCCUACUUCUACAUCGUGGCCUCGGUGAUGCUUAACGUCCGCCUGCAGGUGCGGAUCGAGUGAGCCGGCGGCGGCGGCGGCGAAGGCCCGGCUGAAGGGGCGCCCGUGUCCCCGCCCGCCCCCGGCCGGGUCGCCGGCAUGAAGGAAAGCUGGGCCGCGGCGGG